AAACCACACAAUUUGGAAUCCAAUAUCAAGAAAAGACACGCACACUUGUCUCUUACCAUACAAAACAAUACACACUCUCUGUAUCAGUACGUGUAAACUAACAUUCCAUUCAUUUACUUUGCUUCCCUCCCACAAAUUCAACAAACCUUCAGUCCUCAAUCACCAUAGAAAAAUAUUGGGAAUAGAGUGUUUAUGUGUUUCUGUGUGUCUGUGUUUUUUCAUUCAUGCAAAAAGAAUCCAUGAAAAUGAGUACUCUCCACAACUCCAGCGAGUCCGAACUAGAAUACAAGAAAGUUCAUAUCCCAGAGAAGCCAUUUUCAAUUGACGAAACAAAGAGCAAAUCUGAAGAAAACCAAUCCAAUGAAACAGAAACAACACCUCCACAAGAUUCUUCGCGAAUGUCGAUAAAGUUGGAGGAUAAAUGUACUGAGCCAGUGGUAGAGGACAGUGGACGUGAGCGACUGAAGAGACAUCGUGUUGAGGUUGCAGGUCGGGUUUGGAUCCCGGAUAUGUGGGGACAGGAAGAUUUGCUCAAGGAUUGGAUAGACUGCACUGCGUUUGAUGCCUCAUUGAUGAAUAACAAUAUCAUGUCUGCAAGAGCUUCUUUGGCUGAAGAAGGAAGAAGAACAAACUCAAGCAGAUUGAGAAUAGAGAAUAGCUGUUGAGCAAUUACUUUUAAUGAGUUUCGACCAUAAUUUGCGUAUCCAUAUCAUUAAAAUAACAAUUCUUAAGAGAAUAAUUAGCCAAUUCUUUAACGGAUUUGCUACAUCUAUUUGAUACAUAAUGUUGCAUAAUAUGAUUGAUUUUUUACUAUUUUUA